GUCUGCAGUUUUGCUUUUAUCAUGAUUCAUUCUAGGCUUCUGCCAAGGCGAAUGUCAUUUGUGUUAUCUUCCUUAGUGUUAUCUUGGGUAUAUGUUCGUUUAUUGUAAAUAUCAUUUGUUUUUUAGUAUUUAGUUUCACAACAUUCGUUAAGAAAAUGUCCUUCAAAGUCGAUAUACAUACUCACAUUCUUCCUCCUGAAUGGCCAGAUUUAAAAAAGCGAUAUGGCUACGGUGGGUGGCUUCGAGUGGAACAUUCCGCUACAGAUCCCCAAAAAGCCACAUUGUUGAAGGAUGAUGGAAGGUUUUUUAGAGCAAUUGAAAGUAAUUGCUGGUCCCCUGAAAGUAGAAUUCAAGAGAUGGAUAAAACAGGUGUAGAUGUACAGCUUUUGUCAACAGUUCCUGUUUUAUUCAACUAUUGGGCUAAACCAGAAGAUUGUUUGGAUUUCAGCCGAAUACUCAACAAUCAUAUUGCAUCAGUCGUAAAUCAGCAUCCGAAACGAUUUGUCGGUGCAGCUACUGUUCCACUUCAGGAUCCAGCACUUGCUGCCGAAGAAUUGAAAAGAUGCGUCAACGACUUGGGAUUCAAAGUAGUUGAGAUCGGUUCCCACAUUAAUCAGUGGAAUCUUCAUUCACGAGAGCUUGAUCCGUUUUAUAAGACAGCAGAAGAUCUUGGUUGUUCUAUAUUUGUGCAUCCUUGGGAUAUGGAAACAGGUGGAAGAAUGUCCAAGUACUGGCUGCCUUGGCUUGUAGGAAUGCCAGCCGAAACUACUACAGCCAUUUGCAGUGUAAUUUUUGGAGGUGUACUGGAAAGAUUUCCAAACUUAAAAAUGUGUUUUUCCCAUGGUGCUGGAGCGUUUCCAUACACAUUGGGUCGCAUAGAACAUGGAUUUAGAGUGAGGCCUGAUUUAUGUGCAGCAGACAAUACAGUGCCUCCUCGAGAGUAUCUUCCUAAAAUUUAUUCAGACUCACUAGUUCAUGAUGAAAAUGCUUUGGAAUUACUUUUAAAAGUUUUGGGAGAAGAAAACGUAAUGUUAGGAAGUGAUUAUCCUUUUCCCUUGGGAGAGCACCUUCCUGGAAAGCUGAUUCAAGAGUCAAAGAAUGUAAAGAAAACAGCAAAGGAAAAAAUUCUGGGAACAAAUGCUUUAAAAUUCCUCAAUCUAAACAAAACAGAUUUCGUCUAGAGAAUAUAUUUGUCAUAUUAAAAUGCAGCUUGUUUGAGAACGGAAAAACUUCAGCAUUUUUACUGAUGAUAUUUAUGAAAGGAGCAGUAGAGCCGUAAAAGUGCUCAUAUUGUUUUGUUUUUUUACCUACAUUUGUUUAAAUGCUUUUUUAAGAAAUUUUAGCACUGUUUUUAUUGUGAAAGUAUCCAUUUGUUUUCUCAAAAAAUUGUGAUUCUAUAUUUUUUAUUAAUCAAUUAUGUAAAUAAAAUUCUCGUUUUACAGAAGUUCAUAUAUGUGAUAUAUUUUAUAGUAAGUGAACAUCAAAAUCUUUAAAAGGAAUUUAGGUACGCUUUGUUGGAUUAAAAGUAUUUUUAUAUUUCUAAA